AUGGCGGCAAUGAGGGCGAGGCAGAAGAUCCGGGCUCCUAGACGGGGUCUCGCUGCUAGCAAACCGGAUGAUUUCGACAGUAUAUGGGCAACGCUAGCGGCGUCAUUGCGUGAAAUCCAUACGAAGAAUGCCUCUACGUUAUCCUUCGAGGAGUUAUAUCGACAAGCGUACCGGAUCGUGUUAAUAUCGCGGGGCGAGGAGUUGUACGAAAACGUCAAGCAGCUCGAAAAAAAAUGGCUAUGCAGCGAAGUUCAGAAACAGGUUACUGCUGCCAUCUCACCGAGCUUGCUGCUGGAGCAGGAGCCGGCUGAUGCGCAGGAUCAGUCCAACGAGAGGAGAGCUGCGGGGGAGCGGUUCUUGAACGCACUGAAGUCGGCAUGGGAAGAUCACCAGUUAUGCAUGGGAAUGUUCACGGAUGUUCUGAUGUACAUGGAUCGUGUUGUUUCUUCGGACCAUCGGAAUCCUUCUAUAUACGUGGUAUCCAUGGCCCUCUUUCGAGACAACGUGCUACGGUCUCCCGUGCGGCCGGAUUCGACAACCACAAUCGCCGAUGUGCUGGAGUCGACGGUGCUCUUUAUGAUCCAGCUGGAGCGGGCCGGACAUCAGAUAGAACGGCCAUUCAUUCGACACUGUAUCUACAUGCUCGAGGGCCUGUACGAGACGGUCACGGAGGAAGAUUCCUCCAAGCUUUACCUGACGACGUUCGAACCUGCGUUCCUCAAGGCAAGUCAGGCCUUUUACCAAGCCGAGGGGCGGCGACUCGUGGAAAUGGCCGAUGCGGCUACCUUCUGUCGGCACGCUUCUAAUCGAUUGAAAGAGGAGGAGGAGCGGUGCCGGUAUACGCUAUGCUCAUAUACGGAGCCAAAAAUCAAAGAGGUUCUAGAUGAAGAGCUGAUCCGCAAGAACAUCGCGGAGGUCAUCAAUCUGGAAGGAAGCGGCGCCAAAGAGAUGCUAGAUCAUGACCGGCUAGAUGUCUUGCGCAAUGUCUAUGAGCUGAACGCAAGGGUCGACAAGAAGAAAACCGCCUUGACGAAUGCCGUGCAAAAGCGAGUCUACGAAAUGGGCCGAGAGAUCAAUGCAGCAUCGUUCGCUGUAUCACAAAACACGGCACCGAAGCCCGGUGAAAAGGAAGUGGCGGCCGCUGGUGGUGAGAAGAAAGCGGGACGAGACAAGGAGAAAGAAAAGCCGGUCAACCAGCAGACAAUCGCUGCCAUCCAAUGGGUGGAUGCUGUCCUGGGGCUAAAGAAGAAAUUCGACAACAUCUGGGAAAAGUCAUUGCUCUCCGAUCAGGGGAUGCAGACAUCGAUCACCACGAGCUUUUCGGACUUCAUCAAUAUGAACUCCCGCAGUUCGGAGUAUCUCUCUCUGUUCUUCGAUGAAAACCUGAAGAAGGGGAUCAAGGGCAAGACAGACAGCGAGGUGGACGCUCUAUUAGACAACGGCAUCACGCUGCUACGGUACAUCAAGGAUAAAGAUCUGUUCGAGACGUACUACAAGAAACAUCUCUCACGGCGAUUGCUAAUGAAACGGUCGGUGAGCAUGGACGCGGAGCGGCAGAUGAUCUCGAAGAUGAAGAUGGAAGUUGGGAACCAGUUCACGCAGCGGAUCGAGCACAUGUUCAAAGACAUGACCAUCUCCGAGGACCUAGCGACCAGCUAUAAGGAACACAUCGCGCAGUCCGGGGACCCGGACCAGAAGCGCGCGGAGCUGGAGAUCCACGUGCUGACGAGCACGAUGUGGCCGAUGGAGAUCAUGGCCAGCAGCAGCACGAAAGAGGGAAUGGUGCAGUUACCGUGCAUCUUCCCGCGCGAAGUAGAGAGCCUGAAGCAUAGUUUCGAGCAGUUCUACCUAAGCAAGCACAACGGGCGCAAGCUGUCGUGGCAGCCGAGCAUGGGCACGGCGGACCUGCGCGCUACCUUCACACGGGCGAACGGCAAGGUGGCGCGGCACGAGCUCAACGUCUCAACGUAUGCGAUGAUCAUCCUGCUACUGUUCAACGAGGUGCCGACGGGCGAGUCCCUGACGUACGAGGAGAUCCAAGCCCGCACGCGGAUUCCCGACCACGACCUGAUCCGUAACCUGCAGUCGCUGGCGGUGGCUAGCAAGACACGCGUGCUCAAGAAAGAGCCCAUGAGCAAGGACGUGAAGCCGACGGACCGCUUCUUCUACAACGCCGACUUCACCAGCAUGUUCACCAAGGUGCGCAUCGGGGUCGUCAGCGGCGGCGGCAACAAGGUCGAGAACAGCGACCAGCGCCGCGAAACGGAGAAGAAGAUGGAUGAGGAGCGGGGAGGGACUAUCGAAGCCGCAAUAGUACGAAUCAUGAAACAACGCAAACGCCUCGUCCACGCCCAACUCAUGACGGAGGUCCUCACGCAGCUCUCGUCUCGCUUCGUGCCAGACGUCAACAUGGUCAAGAAACGAAUCGAGUCUCUGAUCGACCGCGAGUACCUGGAACGCGUGGCAGAGGAGCCUCCUACAUAUGGAUACAUUGCGUAG